GAGAUCUCUUGCUUAAGUUAACUGAAACUUCGCUCAGACUUCGAGGGGUCUCGCUGCCUCUUCCCAAAAACUGACAACCAUGAACAGAAUCGUGCUUUUACUGGGGAUCGUCGGCUGGUGUCAGGGGUCAGGCUGGGACAUUGGAGGCCACGGUGGGCUGAGUCUAGGGGAGAUUUCCGUGGGAGGUCACGGCCACGAAUUGCCGGCAAUUUCCCUCGACGAGUCAAGCCUUGGAGGUCACGGUGGCGGCUGGAAUCUAGGAGGACAUGGAGGCUGGGAUUCCGUCUUUAGCAUCGGAGGCGGGGGUCACGUGGGACACGGGCUUCACGUUAUCCCGGUGGUCAAGGAAAUUGGAGUUCCGGUGGUCAAGCCGGUUGAGGUCAAGAUCCCUCAUCCAGUGAUACAAACCGUGCCGCAACCCUAUCCGGUAGCGGUUCCCGUGUCCCAGCCCGUCCCAUACGAGGUGAUCAAAAACGUCGUGACUAAGGUCGAAAAGAAGGUGCCAACUCCGGUGGAGAAAAUCAUUCCUUACAAGGUGGAAAAGCCCGUGCCUUUCAAGGUGUACAAACACGUUCCCGUGCCAGUCAUCAAGCGGUUCCCGAUCAAAAUUCCUGUAUACAAAACCGUCGUUCACAGUAGCAAAGGACAUUGAAUAAAAAACAGUAACUUGUGGAAGGAAAAAGCAACGUAGCGUCAGAAUAUGACCCUCCUUACACAAUUAGCAACGAGGCUAUCAAGUGACGUUUAACAAUUCACAUGUAACCGUUUCAGAUUUUCACGUCACGCACCGUUCUGUUUCAUGGUGUAUUUAAAUAUUUAAGUUAAUGAUAAUCGAGGCUAGUAUAUUUUUUAUAGUUGUAUAAGUAUUGUUAGCUGUACAUUAUUUGUUUUGUUUGAAAUGAUG